AAUUAUUAUAUAUAUUAUAUGUAUUUUCAGUUUAUUGAUUAUGUUUUUUCUUAUAUCUUAAUAGGGAUAUUAAAAUGUCUCAAAAUUCGAAAGAGAAAGACCCAGCUUGGCGCUAUGGUGAGAGAGUUAAUGAGAAGAAUACAAAUGUUGUAUGCAAGUUUUGCAACAAGAUUACAACGGGUGGCAUUUAUCGCUUUAAAUACCAUCUAAUUGGUGGCGAUAGAAACGUCACAAGUUGUCCGAAAUGUCCACCGGAGGUGAGGGAAGAAAUAAAGAACUUUGUUGAGAAGAAGAAGGAGCAAAAAAAUCAAAUGGUUCAUCAACCAAUGGUGACCAAUCUUGAUGAUGAUGAUGAUGAUAUUGAAGAAUUGUCACUUCCAACAAAACGGGGAAGAGAUGGGUCAAGCCAUGGAUCAUCGACUAAAGGUCCUAUGGAUUGCUACUUCUCAAAGAAGCCGGGAGCAAAGGGCGGUGGAAAAGAUGUACAAAAAAUUGCUAAAGACAUUUUGAGGGAUCGUGCAGUUAGAGCUUUUGCACGAUGGGUCUAUGAUGCUGGGCUCCCCUUCAAUUGUGUCAACUAUGACACUUUUGGAGACUUUAUUGAGGUCGUUGGUCAAUACGGACCUGGAAUGAAGCCUCCCACUUACCAUGAAAUAAGAGGUCCUUAUCUAAAUAAGGAAGUGGAGGAGACUAAUAAAAUUGUUGAGGAGCAUAAAGUUGUGUGGAACAAGUACGGCUGCUCCAUUAUGAUGGACAAGUGGACGGCAAGAACGGGGAAAAUGAUUAUUAAUGUGUUGGUGAAUUCUCCCCGGGGAAGUUUGUUUCUUGAGUCCAUUGAUGCUAGUGACUCAUCCACCGACCACAUCAAAAUGUUCACCUUGUUUCAGAACACUAUCGAAAAGAUUGGUCCAAGCAAAGUUGUUCAAGUGGUCACUGAUAAUGCAAGUGAAAAUGUGAAAGCGGGUGGCAUGAUUGAAGGAGCGUACAAGAAUGUCUAUUGGACUCCAUGUGCGGCUCAUUGUAUCAACUUGAUGUUCGGGGAUAUUUUCAAGGAAAGACCCUUCUCUACAGUUUUUGGCCAGGGCGUUAGAUUACAUUCUUAUAUUUGUCAGCGGCCCUUGUUAUUGAAUAUGAUGAGAAGAUUCACCAUGCAAAAAAAUUUGGUGAAACCGGGCAAGACAAGGUUCGCCACUGCUUUCUUGACUUUGCGUAGUCUCCACUGUCAAAAAGACAAUUUGAGAAAGAUGGUCACUUCAGAGGAAUGGAGCAGGAGUAAAUUUGCAAAGGAAAGUGCGGGGAAAGAGGUUGCACGCAUUAUUCUUUCUUAUUCUUUUUGGAAUAAUGUCCUUCAUGCUCUUAAAAUUGGUGGCCCUUUGGUUAAAGUACUCCGUUUGGUAGAUGGGGAGGCAAAACCAUCAAUGGGCUACCUCUAUGAAGCUAUGGAUAGGGCCAAGGAGACUAUUCAAGCAUCAUUCAGUGAUGAGCAAAAAUAUGCAAAGGUCUUUCAGAUCAUUGAUGCAAGAUGGGAUGAGCAACUUCAUAGACCUUUGCAUGCAGCUGGACUUAUUCUGAACUCAUCACUCUUUUAUGAGCAGCAUGAGAAGAAUUCAUUGGCUAAAGAAGUGUGGACAGGAUUCCAUCAGGUUGUUAUCAAGUUGAACCCAGAUGAAGACUUGCAAGAAAAGAUAGUAGAUCAGCUUGCUACUUACAAGGCAGCUGAAGGACUUUUUAAGCUUCGACUUGCUAUUAAACAAAGAACGACGAAGUCGCCAGUUGAAUGGUGGGACCAAUAUGGUGUAGAGACUCCGGAGUUACAGACUUUCGCCAUCAAAGUUCUAAGCUUAACUUGUAGCUCAUCCGGAUGUGAAAGGAACUGGAGUGUUUUUGAACACGUGAGAAAUAAAAAGAAUUAUUUCGUGUUUUGAGAUAAAGUAGAUUAUAUCUCAAUUGUCCAAACUCCUACUAAAUACUAAUUAGUUGACACAUCUUUUUUGCAGAUUCAUACAAAGAAAAGGAAUUGACUAACCUUGAAGCGCCUCCAUAAUCUAGUGUUUAUAAAAUACAAUAUAGCAUUGAGGCGUCGGUACAACCACCGCAAUAUAAUUGAUCCAAUUCUUUUGGACAAUAUUGAUGAGGCUAAUGAGUGGCUAACCGGAGUCCCCGAAAUUGUGAAGAUGAAGAAGUAUUUGAAGGCGACUCCGAUUUCACUUGGGGUGAUGUUGCGAUUGGUAGUGGAGUUGGGGAGAAUCCUUAUGGUUUAAGGAGAUAUACUCCAAGUUCAAGCCCUAUUAGGAAGGGAAAAAGCGUGGCUACUACAAGUCGAUCCCUAUCCCUAAUUGAUGAAGAGGAAAGUGAUCAUGAAGAGGAGGGGGAAGAAGAAGAUGACGAGCAAUAUGAAGAUACUAGAGGAAUUCAAGAUUUUGACAAUCUUGAAGAAGAAGAAGAGUAGAAGAAUAAGAUGUUGAUUGACUUCUAGUAAUUUAGUAGCUUUGAUUUUGCUUGUCCUAUGGUUUGUGGAUGGUUUGUGGAUGAUUUGGUGGUACCUAGUACCUAAUUUUAAGUAUUUAAAUUGAUGUUUUUGAUUAUUUAUAAUUUUACAUUAUGUUUUUUAAGAAUUGCGCUUCACUUUAAUAAAGCGUGCGCUUCGCUUUUGAAGCGAGGCGAACCCUUGUCGCUUUUUUGCGCUUUGCGCUCUCAAAAACACUGAGCGGUAGACAAAAGAGGGCCACGAAGAGCGAUAGUUGAGUUCAUCAAUAGAGUAGGAUUUGAGAAAAUAAACAAGCUGGUCAAGGAUCGGACCACUUGAACCUGCCAUGAUGAGACCCAACAUUAUUUGUAUCGAUGACGGAGAGAAGACCAUGUUUCUGUCCCUUGCCAUUAGAAAAACAUGAUUGGCUAACAUUAAAAUACUUGUGUCUGCUUUCUUGCAGCUAUGGAGUGCUGCCCCUUAAAACUCUCCGUAGAAUACAUGCUUUGCAACCACAUCCCUCUGCUUUACAAUCAAGUUCCGGAGAUACAUAUUGGAGGAGAUUAAUGUUCCUAUUUGUAAUAGUGGAGGAGGAUGAAUUUUGAACGAGGAAAUUUAUAGUAUUUAAUAACACUAUCUAUUUUAUUAAAAAAAACUAGAGGAAAUAGUUAAGCCUAUUUUUAUGACUCUUCACAUUCGAUCGCUUUUACCUAGUUAUUCUCUUCUUAAGAAAGUUGCCAACAAAAUUAUAGGAAUAGGAGUAGUGACGUGGAUGGGAACUGGAAAGUAAUUGAAAACCUCUCUUUUUCUGAUUCAAAUUUAAACGAUCAAAAUACUGUAAAUGGAAUGUCAAAGUGGAAUGUUCAUAAUUGACUUCAAAAUACUAAAAAUAUUAGUUCAUGCAGAUUUUGUAGUUUUUAAGACUACAAUGUUCUAAAUGUUGGGGAAAUAAUUAAAUUAUAGAAGUUUUUGCAUAUAUAAUUUGAAAAAGGAAGGAUUUAUGUAAGGUAAAUUGUCUUAUAUAAGGAUUUACAUCGUUUAUGUAUGCUAUUUCCUUCUGACAAAUUUGAUCCUUUCUCAUCUUAUUUAAUCUUGUAUGACAGCACACCCACCUUUAACAUUCAUAUCUCUGUGAAAUUCAUCUUGUGGAUAGGUUUGGAUUUAGAGGCCCAACAUUUACUCCUAUAAAACAUAGUUGGCUUCACUAUAGAACUUGCCUUUUCACUUUGGUAGGUACCUCCAGGGGCGGAUUUAGGGGGCGGAAGGGGAUACACCCGAACCCCCUUCGCCGAAAAAUUAUACUAUAUAUAUAAGGUAAAAUCUAUUUUUUACCUUUAUAUAUUAUGUUUUGAAUCCCCAUGACAUAGCCAAAAGCAUAGCUUAGUGGUCUAGGGGUUCAAAAUUCUUUUGUAAGGUCAUUGGUUCAAUUCUCACUAGCUACAAUCUUUUUUAACUUUUUUUUCUUUUUUGAACCCCCUUAGCGGAGAUCCUGCCUCCGCCGCUGGGUACCUCCCUAUCGCCACUCAUGUGGGACUCUUCCAUUACCAACAAUAACAACUACUACGCCACAGUCUCAAACAACUCCGCCAUUUCAACCAUCCUACUUUAACCCUAUGCAUAACAUCUUUUUUAUUUGAAAGGGCAACUAAUAUUGAUAUCAGGAAAAAACAGCACUAAGAAGGUGCUGUGAUUACCACUAGCAAUAUACUAAAGUGAGGUUAACCCUGACUGUGUUUCAGCAUCUUCAAAUACUUCCAAUUUACACCAAAAGCAUCAUACAGUCAGAUUUGAUCUUCCAAAUUGAGCUUCUCUGAUCCUCAAAACAUCUUUUGUUCCUUUUUUCCAUAUACACCACCAAAUAGCCGCUGGUAUGGUGUUCCAAGUCUUUUUCGAACGUUUUGGCAGCCCUCCUGCUCUUGCAAAGGGAAGUUCUACUGUUGAUGCAUAGCCCAUUUUGUUCCCAUCAAAUUCUCCUAUGCACAACAUCUUCAUAUAUCAUUCUAUUUUCCUUGAGCAUUGAGCCUAGAUAUAUAAAGUGUCUACAUUUACGCACCUCAAUCCAUCUAAUCUCACCUCAACUUCACUGAUGUGUCGCUGGCUAAUAAGUGAAGUUGUUGAUCCUUCAAAAUUCAAGCUCAUGACGACAUGGCAUCAAUGGAGUUAUCACCAGUGACAUCAUAGUUCAGAUAACUUAAGCUUACUACAGCUAAAAUUCUAUUGGCGUAAUCAAAAGCACUGGCAGAAAUAGAGAGUACCUAUAUUAUUCAGUGGACUAGAUGAGGUCCCACGUCGAUUGGACAAAAUCCAAGUUUCAAGUUCCAAAAACAACUCAGACAGCACAAAACUCACAAUUCUAGGGUAAAGAAUAAAUAAGCUGAGCUGCACCUUCACACUCCCUCAUCAGCAAAAUAAAGAUUUUCAAACUUUUCAAGUUGAAAAACAAAUAUACAUAGCGUCGACUUGUCACACUUUAUGAUCAAAGACACAAGGAGGAAAACAAGACUAGGUGAAUAAUGAAGUAAACAA